UUGCUAGAUGCAGAAGGCCUUGCUUCCUCGGUAUCUGGCACACCAAACGACAUGUGCCCUGAGCUCCUUGCCGGCAUACCCUAUGGCUAUAAAUCUGAUAUAUGGUCGCUUGGAUACUGUAUGUUUGACAUUGCAGCACAUCGACCCCCGUUUAAAGCUUCUGACAAAACUGGACUUAUCAACAAAAUAAACCGGGGUUUGUUCUCACCACUUCCGAUUAUAUACUCCUCCACCUUGAAACAGAUAAUAAAAAGCAUGCUAAGGAAAACUCCAGAACACCGACCUACAGCUGCCGAGUUGUUGAGACAUCAACAUUUGCAACCAUACCUCCUCUUGUGUUACGAACCUUCAUCUGCGUUUCUUCCUGUGAAGUCCCCGAGCAGAACGAAAGAAAAACACGACCAUCACCUGGAAAAUCUAUCAGUCCGAGAGGUAGCAGAGACAGACAGUUGA